UAACUUGAGAUAUUAAUGACAUAUCUAUUUCAAAUAUACAUAGUGUUUCACACUGGAAGAGACUCAUAUCGCAAGGUUUAUAAUUUUGAAAUCGAAAUGUUGUAAAGUCAUAUUCAAAUAAAGAGCUUUGUUAGGCUCUAAGCUUCCACAUCAGGUACAAAGUAAUUAUUGCUGAACCUUGCCACCUUCAUGAAAUAGCCCAGCAAACAUUCCUCGGCCCCUCGCGGCUCCUUCCUGCCGCCGCCGCCGCUCAGCUGGCCGCGGUAAACAUGGCGGCGAGGUCACGGCGGGGCGGCGGGGAGUGAGGCAGCGUCGCCAGCACGUCACAGGGCGCGGGGAGGCUGGGAAUUGUUCUCGCAGCCAGGGACAGCAGUGCACGUUGAUGAGUUCGCCGCACGAGGGCCCAGACCCCGCCGGGGCCACGGAGGGCGCCAGUGAUGAGACAUUAAGUAAUGAAGAGGAGAUGGGAGCACACUCAGAGCAAGGAGGAUCCUCUUGGCCGCAGCCACAAGACGCGGACAUGAAGCGAGCAGCCGCCCAACUCAUAGAAAAGUACUACUUCCAGCUCACUAAUGGAUGUGGUAAUCCCCACUGUGAUAACCCCAACUGUGCCUCCUCGGGCAAGGUUGGUCCUGUGACGAGUAAUGAGGCAGCAGGCAAGGCACUCCAACUAUGUGCAGCUCGUGCCAGACUGUGUGAGGUGUUUGGUGCCAAGGUUCGCCGUGCUAGUCAGCCCCGGGCACUGGAGGCAGGUGUCGCUGCCUCUGUGCCUGAGUCAGGCCACAGCUCUGCCACUGGAGGCACUGCCACUUGCUCCCUGGUGCAAGAUGUCAGCAUGGCUGGUGCGUCCACGGCCAGCUCCGCCCCUCCCCCCCUCUCGCCCCAGGUGGAUGCCCCCAACAGCGUCACGGGGCUCACUGAGGAGACGCUUGCCCACACCAUAGCUGAGUGUCGCAGUGCAGACAAUUAUGCUAAGCUUAGACGACUCUUGUGGGCUGUGUUUUCAAAUGAAGUUGCUCUUAGACACAGCUUUUUACAGAGAUCUGAAUCGGUAGAGAAAACGAGUGAAUCACUAGUUAGUAGCAAAAGCACAGAGAGUGUCGGGGCAGCACAGAGCAAGGAGGAGAUCCGUGCACAGGAGGGAGACCUGGACAAGGACUUGGACUGUGCCGAGGACACCUGUGAGAGGGAGGGUGCGAUAGGAGGUGAGGCGGCAGCCUCUGUGGGAGAUACCAAAGAUCCUUGUAAAAAGGACAACACUCACAAGUCCACCUCCUUAGACAUCAGUGAGGUGCGGAGGGCCUACGACCUGCUAUUUAAAUGCCCAGAGUCUGAGUACAGCAACACCCUGACCAAUGCAGUGGUGCAGCUCCUCUCAGACUCGCUGGGGAUCCAGCUGCGGGUGUAUAAGGAUGCCUUCGCUGCCAUCCCCAACAACAUCAACAUCUUCGUCAUCCUGCUGGAGUCACCAGCAAUCAACACCACUGACUUUAUUGAGGGUGUGAUGCCCCGUCUGUGCCGCACCAUUGGCCAGCUGCCCGACAGGGACCAGGCGCACCUUACACGCCACCUGGCCACUUGGGAACCAUCUCGCCUACACCGCCUGCUGGAGAGCCUUCACCAGCUCAUCACUAUUCGCCUUCUCACCACGGAGUUCUUGCAGGACUUCACCAUCAAUGACGAGGACGGCAUCACCUCCGCCACGCAAGUCAUGAAGAUUCUUUUUUAUGCCAGCAUCCUGGGAGGUAAGCUGGACACACCCCUCCUGAAGGAUCUCCCCCCAGAGGAUGCCAGCCAGGAACCUUCUGCCCAGGAGGACCCAUUCAAUAGUUCCGGCAAGGACUGGGCCACCCGUCCCCCUCCCAAGGACUCUCUGGGCUCCGAGCUAGGCAUACACGUCCUGGACGCCCGGACGCCCAUGGUGCCGCUGAUGGAGUUCUAUGAUGACUUUCUGAGUGACCAGCUGGAGAUGGACAGGGACUUUGCAUACUACAAGGCUGGCAGUGGAGACAAGUUCAGUUUCCUCAACUACCCUUUCAUCCUGACGCCGGCCACCAAGGCGCUGGGGCUCUACUACGACAACAGGAUACGCAUGUACUCUGAGAGGCGCAUCAGCAUCUACCAGCAGGUGAUUGAGGGCAUGGCGGCCAACCCUUACCUCAAGCUGCGGGUGCGGCGCGACCACAUCAUCGAUGAUGCACUUGUUGAGCUGGAAAUGGUGGCCUUGGAUAACCCUGGUGACCUGAAGAAGCAGAUGGUGGUGGAGUUUGAGGGGGAGCAGGGCAUAGACGAAGGCGGGGUCAGCAAGGAGUUCUUCCAGCUGAUUGUGGAGCAGAUCUUCAAUCCUGAUUAUGCCAUGUUCUGCUUCAACAAUGAGUCGCGCACCUUCUGGUUCAACCCCAACUGCUUUGAGAAUGACGCUCAGUUCACGCUGGUGGGCAUCGUGCUUGGGCUGGCCAUCUACAACAACGUGAUCCUUGACGUCCACUUCCCACCUGUCAUGUACAAGAAGCUCUGCAGCAAACCUGGCUCCUUCCAUGACCUUCGGGACUGGAACACGACGCUGUACCGCAGCCUGGUGGAGCUGCUGGAGUAUAAGGGCGAUGACCUGGAGGAGGUGUUCAUGCAGACUUUUCGUGUUGGCUACCAGGAUGUGUUUGGCACCAGUCUCACCCAUGACCUCAAAACUGACGGUGACAACAUUCUCGUCAGUCAGGGCAGCAAACACGAGUUUGUGGAGCUGUAUGCAGACUUCCUGCUCAACAAGAUGGUGGAACGGCAAUUCCGUGCGUUUCGCCGCGGCUUCAACAUGGUGACGGAUGACUCGCCUCUGGUCAACCUCUUCCGCCCUGAGGAGCUGGAGCUGCUCAUCUGUGGCUCCAAGCACUACGACUUCAUGGAGCUGAUGAAGUCAACUGAGUACGACGGCGGCUACAGCAGCCAGACGCCCAUCAUCCAGGCGUUCUGGGAGCUGGUGCACGACAUGACCACCGAGGACAAGAAGCGCCUCCUCCAGUUCACCACCGGGUCCGCCAGAGUGCCCGUGGGCGGCCUGGCCAGACUCAAGCUCAUCAUCGCAAGACAUGGCCCGGACUGUGACAGGCUGCCAACUGCUCACACCUGCUUCAACGUUCUUCUUCUGCCGGAAUACUCAAGUAAAGAGAAGCUGAAGGACCGACUAUACAAGGCCAUCAAGUACUCACAGGGCUUUGGAAUGCUCUGAGGGAUGCAGCUGUGGAGAAGGCCCUGCCCAGCCAUAUAUGCCUUGCUUCAGUUCAGCGUAAUCCAAAUUAGAGUUAAGUUGCCUUGAAAAUCUGUGUACAAAAGACAAUUAUAAGCUAUUGAUUCAUUGCAAAAUUUGCAUGGCAAAAAUACAUCCACAUUGUGACUUCAUAUUUUCCUAUUUUGUAUGAUAGCUGAGAUUGUUUAGCGUUCGUGGCCUUUGCAGGAUAUAAGUGUAUCACUCAUUGACCGUUUUGUGCACUCGAGGCACCGUGCCAGUAGUUCAUCAUCACUGCCGAGCCUUUGGGCGUCGCGGCAGCGCUGACUCAAGACAGGCUUUGCCCCCUGCAGCUAACUGGAGGCUUCCUUGUUUUCAUAUGCUGGUUUUAAUGUUUUCUUGCAUUUUGCAGUUUUUUCAUCAUGUAGGAUUUGUAGUUUAGAUGAAAUAAUUGAAUUUGUUUUUCAUAGUUUCCAUAGACAUUUGUUAUUUUUUUAAUCCAUAUAGAUCACAUAGGCAUUUAAAAGUUAUGAAGAUGCUCAGAUUUUUUAUCGAGUCCUAGAAUAUCACCACUUUUAAAGAAAUCUGUAGCACCUGGUACUAAGACUAUUGUGAAUAAGUGAAGCUGAACAUUUUGUAAAUAACCUUGCGUGGAGACGGUGGGCGGGAGUGAGCGAGCCACCCGUUGUUACGUAGAUGAAGGCUGUGCUGUGCUACAGUGUAACCAGACAGUAGUGUAACUCCAACACGUGUAAUAGUUUUGUAUAAUUUGUCCAUAUGUACUUUGAGGCCCUGAGCAUUACCUACUUACUGAACACCUGACUGAGGCUAAUGUACCGAGCAGCACUUUGUUUUGCUGUCCAAGGUUUAUACAAUUUUGUAUGUGAUACUUGAAUAAUAAGUGUAAAUAAAGAACAUGAAAGUCA